AUGGAGGGCUCCGAACCUUUCCCGCUCCUAAACACCUCGGCCGACCAUUUUCAUGCCGCCCUCCCAGAUCAGAGCGCAGUUGCCAGUGCUGCUGCCCGCCGAAGGAGACAAUCCAGCGCCAUCGGCCAGGAUAUCCGCGCCGGUGACACGGGCGCGGCUCUGGCCACCUCCAAGGCCAGUUUAGCAGCAUCCGACCGCUCCGACCAUUCCCAACGAGUGUCCAAACGACGUCGCGCUCGGGGUUUCCUCGCCCGGAUUCGCCAAGCCAUGAUUAGGCGCACCUAUCUUCUGCCCACCGUUCUCCUUGCUGUCUUCGGCUUUCUCUAUGCCCUCGAUCCUUCCGAGAAGAACCCGGUCCACAGGUUCAUCUUCCUCUCCUACCCGAUCGAAGCGGGCUCCGACCAUCCUCUAGCGCCCCCUCCUGGUUCGCCCGUCCACUAUGGCAAGGGCAUCAAUGACCUCGCCUUGGUCGCAUUCUACACCAUCGUCCUCUCCUUCACCCGCGAGUUCAUCAUGCAGGAGAUCCUCAAGCCCCUCGCCCGUCGCGCCGGCAUCCGCUCCCGCGCCAAGCAGGCCCGAUUUAUGGAACAGGCCUACACGGCCAUCUACUUUGCCUUCCUGGGUCCUGCCGGCAUGUAUGUCAUGCGCAGCAGCCCCAUAUGGUACUACAACACCCGGGGCAUGUACGAGAACUUCCCCCACCGCACCCACGAGGCCGGCUUCAAGUUCUACUAUCUCUUCCAGGCCGCCUACUGGGCUCAGCAGGCUAUCGUCCUUGUCCUCGGUAUGGAGAAGCCCAGGAAGGACUUCAAGGAGCUUGUCGGCCACCAUAUUGUUACCUUGACUCUUAUCGGUCUGAGUUACCGCUUCCACUUCACCUAUAUGGGGCUGGCCGUGUACACGACCCAUGAUAUUAGCGACUUCUUCCUCGCUAUUUCGAAGCUUCUCAACUACGUCGAUAGCCCCAUUGUCGGCCCUUUCUUCUUCCUCUUCGUGGUGGUUUGGAUCUACAUGCGUCACUAUCUGAACCUCAAGAUCCUGUGGUCCAUGUUCAACGAGUACAAGACCGUCGGCCCCUACACUCUCGACUGGGCCGCCGAGCAGUACAAGUCCUCGCUCUCCAAUUACAUCACUCUCGGCCUGCUGUCGUCCCUGCAGGCCCUCAACCUCUUCUGGCUCUUCUUCAUCAUCCGCGUCGCCUACCGCUUCAUCAGGGACCGUGCCGCCGAUGAUGACCGCAGCGAGGCCGAGGACGACGACGAGGAGGACGAGGCGGUGGAGGUGGAGGUGGUGGGGGCGGCGGGGGUCGCCGAUCAGAAGAACAAGCUACACAGCAACGGCCAUGCUUCCGCGAACGGCCAUGCUCUUUCCAACGGCAGCGUGGUCAAGGCCAGGACCAACGGUGUCACCAAGUAA